UACCGUGCAGUCCUUGCGACACGACCUAAGGUUUCCUUUGCUACUGCUUCGACAACAGGGGGUUGGCCGCGCGCGCGCCACACGAACACAUCGAGCGAAUGAUACAAGUAUCGCUGCGUGAAAUCGCUCCUUUAUCCAGUACUGGUCGUCCUUCGCGGUUAAAACAGCCGCAAGAGUGAAAGAAAUUGAACGUAUGCGAUCGCGCGCCAAAUUGAGUCGAAUUGGAAUAUACACAGUGAUCAAAGUGACACGUCAGGGAACACUUGUUCGUUAUACUCCUUCGUGUUACCAGAACAAAGUUUUUGUUAUACCUUUUAUAAAGAUAAACGUGUAUGAUCGAAUUGGUCAUAUUAACUAAUAAUAUCAAGGUUGAUCGACGGAUUUGAGUUGAUUAAUUUGUUACAUUAAAGGAAUGUGGUAACAGAGGAUCAGGUUCCGCUAAUAUCGCGCUGUCUCGCGGGACAAUGGAUCUGUCGCGUGGCGAGGGUCGAUGGACAAUAGGCCCGGCAGCUUGACGGGUCUUGUGACAAGCUACUCGAGCGACGGAUCGCGAGGCUACUAUGUGGUACACACGCGCGUUAAUCGCGCGAGAUCGAUCUUUUCAACUUUUCAACAAGUUGUAACGCAUCAGGUACGCCGGUUAAUCUUUCCCUCGGAGAACGAUUAUCCCUAUUCGGAUUCGGAUUGUGCUAUUUGUGUGUGCGUGUGUACUCGAAAGAAGCGCGUAUCGGGGGUGGAGUAUUUUAUCGAUACCCUUCGUAAGACCCGAAAGAUAGUAGGACGAUGUUUCUGUUUUGAGUUGUAGUGAAUCGUUGGUGAAAGAAAAAGUUUUUCGGUGACUUUCGAUAGCAAGCAAGGUUAACGAGUUGUUAAUUGAUUAAGAAAAAACGAUUUUCGACAACGUUUUUCGAAUCGACAACCCUUAGAAACCAUUAGAAAACUUUGGAAACAAUUUCUUUGGUGAAAAUUGUGUAACGUGGUUUGACGAUCGGCGAAGCUUCGACUGUUGCAGCGUUCUCAGAGAAGCGAUUGACUUUGGAAAGGAACAGAGAGAACGAUGGAACGAAGGCGAAGCUGGCGAUGAAGAGGGGAAGAUUUUGUGAAAAUCCGGUGGUGAGCAACGCGAAACUCCUGAAAAAAAAGAAGAAAGGGGUUACGUGAAGUUGCUGCAGAAACAACUGAAGAAUCGUACGCGUGGUGACGAGGACGCGCGUGCUGACGCGGGACAGAGCAAGCCAGAGAGAGUGAAGUAAAGGAAGAGGGUGGUGGCAAUCGACGGAUAAGAGUUUGAGUCGCAGAAAGUGGUUUGGAGUAGAGACUGGCGCGAGUUAGCUCGGCGAAAAGGGAGGUGGAGGAGCGUCGAAAGCACGGAGCCGGCUAGAAGAGGAAGCUUCGCUUGGAAAAAGAAAUAAAGCUCGAAUCGGUAGCGCGGGUAGCCCGUGGCUCUCCGUGUGCUUCAUCGUUGUGCAAAAGGGAGAUCGCCGUUUCAGAAGGAAAAGGACAACUUGUGUGCAUCGUCGAGGGAGAAGAAAGAGAGAGAUAGAGAAGGGAGAAAAGAGUGAAAGGGGAGACGUGUGUCGUUGACGUGACUACGAGUGACGUGACGUGACGUGACGUGACAUCGAGGCGUCGAGAUGCUCCUGGAUGAGAUGGCCGCCUCCGUUCACACGCUCCUGUCAUUUCUUCUCGUCCUCGGUGCUUGUACGCUGUGCCGCGGCAGGAUCACGAAUCAGGAGAUAGUGACAAUGAUAGAUGCGGAGGCAGUGGCAGGUGGAACUGCUCAGUUACCAUGCGACGUGGAACCGCCAGUCCCUGGAGACAAGCUGCAUCUAGUUAUUUGGUACAAGGAGGAGGCAGACGCGCCGAUAUACAGUUUCGACACAAGGACGCAAAGCACCCUGGAACAAGGAAAACACUGGCAGGAUAUCAGCCUCGACAAACGUGCCUUCUUCAAAUACUCGGAGAAACCCGCGAAACUCAUCCUCGAGUCUGUCCGUGAGAGUGACGCCGCAGUUUACAGAUGCAGGGUCGAUUUCAAGCAAUCCCCGACCAGGAACAGCAAAGUCAAUCUCACGGUGAUCAUACCGCCGGAGCAGCUUAGCAUAUUGGACGAGAGCGGAAGGUCUCAUAUUCCUUAUUACGUGCUUGGCCCGUACAGCGAGGGUGCCUCUCUGAAUAUUACCUGCGUCGCUGCUGGUGGUCGGCCACAACCACGUGUGACGUGGUGGCAGGAAAAUGCUCUCCUCGACGACACUUACGAAACCGUCGGCACUAAGAGGGUACGGAACGUGCUGCGAUUAGAAAAGCUGGGUCGCGAACACCUUGGCGCGAUUUUGACCUGCCAGGCGUCCAACAACAACAUGGUCACUCCUAUUUCCAGCUCUGUCACGCUCAAUAUGAAUCUGAAACCAUUGUGGGUCCGCAUGCAAGGAGAGAAUCGUCCAUUUAGCGCAGGCACCACGUACGAGAUCGGCUGUGAGAUAGUUGGAGCGAGACCAAAUCCGAAGAUCACGUGGUCGAAAGGAAGUUUGAUGCUGAGAAACGCCAGACAGACGAUGAGCCCCGACUCCAACGUCACCACCAGCAUUCUCACGUUUGUGCCGACUAUCGAGGACGCUGGCAAGUUCCUCUCCUGCCACGGCAGCGUGCCGGAUAUCCCGGAUUCCGAGAUGGAGGACGGAUGGAAGCUCGAUAUACACCACGAACCGGUGGUUAUGCUCGAGCUUGGGAGCAAUCUGAACUUGAGCGCAAUCCGCGAGGGUAUCGACGUUUAUUUCGAGUGCAACAUCAAGUCGAAUCCGUGGGUUUACAAGGUCUCUUGGCGGCACAACGGCAAUCCGCUGUAUCAUAAUCCAGCGACAGGAACCAUAAUCAGUAAUCAAAGCCUAGUAUUGCAAAGCGUAACACGAAGCAGAGCUGGGAUCUACACGUGUAUUGGCAGCAACCAAGAAGGCGACGGGGAGAGCAAUCCUCUGAAUCUGGACAUCAAAUUCACUCCAGUCUGUCACCACGGUCAGGUAAAGGUGUUCGGAGUAGCACGACAGGAAACCACGAGGAUACCGUGCGAGCUCGAGGCAAAUCCACCGGAAGUAACGUUUACGUGGAAAUUCAAUAACACAAUGGAGGCGAUCGACAUACCACAGGCACACGUCACCAGUGAACGAACACGUUCCACAGCCUCUUACACACCGAUGACAGAGUUGGACUAUGGUACUUUGCUUUGUUGGGGCACCAACGAUCAGGGUACCCAGCUCGAACCCUGUGUCUACCAUAUUGUGCCAGCUGGUCACCCAGACACGCCACACAAUUGCUCUCUUCUGAACCAGACAACGGACUCGCUAUACGUGGAGUGCAUAGAGGGGUUCGACGGCGGUCUGCCGCAAAAGUUCACGAUACAGGUGGAUCGUGAGGUGGGAACCAGCAGUACGUCGUCAAAGCCGAGCACGACGGUCUACAAUCAAACGAGCAAAGUACCGUCUUUUUCGGUGAGCAAUCUCGAGCCUGGCACCACCUACGACGUACACAUAUACGCGAGCAACAGCAAAGGCCGCAGCGAGACGGUUCACUUCCGUGCAACCACGCUGAAUCUGCCCGAAAGGCGAACAGCAGGUGAGAGGCUGGCGCAACCUCCACCCCCGGAGAAUUGUACAAUCAGGGAAGAGAGUCGGACAACGGUCAGGGUGAGCUGCGCCGAGAGCGAGUACAUCGACCCGCGCACUGCCACCUAUGUGCUGCAAGUCUUCGACGCAGACACCAGGCGCCUAUUGGCGUCUGCGACUAGCAUGACGCCUAGCAUGCUCGAGAUCACCGAUCUACCAGCAGAGAGGAGUUACUCGGGACUGGUUCUCUCGCUGAGGAUCAUGACGGAGCACGCGAUGAGCGACGCCACGGUUCUUCACAGCCCGCACUUUGUUCAGGAGGGUAAGACACAGGAGCAUCAACGAUACCCAGCUCUGACACCAGUGAUGCUGUCGCUGUCUGGACCAUUGCUCGGUGCGGUGGUCGGAGCAACGGCGGGCCUUCUACUAGUGAUCUUUGUGAUAGUUCUGGCUGUGAGAUUACGGUAUCGACCAAGGACUCAGGAGGACAAGGAUUCUCAUGACGACGGCGGCAUGGCGAAUCUAGCCGCGUCCGGAACCGGCAGUUCCUCUCCACGUGAUAAAUCGUCGACUCUGCCUCUCAACUCCGACAGCAUCGAGAGUUUCGAGAAGGACCCAGAUAUAAUUCCUCACGCUAAUGAAAAUUCUUACGCCGAGCUGUGCAAGGGCACUUCACCAAGAUAUGUGUUACACCAGCAACGAACGGAUGCAAGUACUUUUACCAACACAAGCAAUGGAUCAGAGCUAACGUACGCCGAGCUGUCGCUCCGUAACCGACGAAUACCUCCUAAUUGUUAUCAGCCAGUACAGGUAUCCAAUAUUCAGCGGCCUCAACUGCUGGCCAUGUCGACUCUGACACGUAGGCAACCAAUUCAGGAACCAACGAUUUACGCGCAAGUCGCCAGUCAUUCUAAGCCGAUUUAUGUACCACCCCCACAUCCGUACAUGAGUCGUACCAACGACGAGACCACGGUAGAAACUCCAUUAAUCGGACAUGACAAUAAGAUCACCACGAUCAGCCAAUCUGGUACCUCAAUAUGGCGUACCGACACGCCGCCAGCUUCAAACGCAGCAACGACAUGAUUCUAAAACACGAUGAAAGCAACAUUUUGCUCUUAUACACGUUUCUCGACGCUCCCUUUAAUUAUAAGUUAACCUCUUUAAUAAGAGAAACAAGAAAAAGAAACCAAAAGAAAAAAUCGAAGAGACGACGUUCCGCGUAGCUCGUUUGCGUGGAACGUGUACAAUAUAUAUUAUUGUUAAACUUUCUCGUACAUAUGUUACAGAAGGUAUUUAUUAAACUAUGAACGAUGAAGGAUGAAAGUAAUUUAACAAAGCAGAAAAAAUACAUAUACACAAAUGUUUGCGUGAAGUAUAAUACGAAUAUAUUAUAUAUGCUUUCCGAAUGAUUUGUGAUAGAGUUGUUAUGUAAAUUGAGCGAGAACGAUCACGAUUUUUCGAUAUAUCAUCGGGAUAUCGUGAUUCUCGAUACAUGUUUCGAAUAGUAUUCUGUUUGGCGGGUAAAACAACAGACGGCGCAGCGAUCGGCAGUAAUGGUUCUAAUGAUCGAAGAGCGUGAAACUGGCGGGCCCUUCUGAACCGUCCGUAAAAGAAACAAAAGAAAGCAUAAAGGCAUCAAAGUUUUGAAAAGUCUCCCAAAAUGUCAAGUUUAAGAAAAUAAAAAAAAUGUUACGUUCUCAAAAUUCAGAAUUUUCAGCAACUUUUAUGAUUCGAUGCUCUCAAUAAUUCAUAUAAAUAGCUUACGAAAACAUUAAUUAUGAAUAAAACGAUAUAAAUUUAUUUAUAUCUAACCAAUAAUAAUCCAAUUAAGUUUGUGUUUUUUAGACUUUAAAAUCGUUUCAUUACAAAUUAUCAAAAACUUAAUUUGUUGGUUUCUUUGUUAACAUCUUAAUUCCUGACAAAAUAGAUAUUUCUUAGUAGAGAAGAAAACGAAGCGAAAUGAGAUUUCCGAGUUCCAAGAGUUUCAAGACUUCGCGAAGUUUUAGAUUCUAAUCU